CUUCCUUCAACAUGAAUGGCCGCAAACGAAACUGGAAAGAAAUGGACUAUUCUGACGAGGAUGAACCGUCUUUUGGAAAGCAGAUAUUACCGGUCGCCAGACUUCCAGACAGCUUUGACAAGGAACCGAUGGAUGGGCUAGAAUACCUAUUCACCGUUCGGUGCGAUUCGCUCCCCGUCUAUACCUUUCUUUGUUCACUGAUACCUUCUCUAUGCCCCAGGCGUGAUGCCCGUCAACUUCCACACGUAACAAGGGUAGUCAAUCCAUAUGAGUUUCCUGAGCCUCCUGAGGUUGCACCGCAGUCGGACCCUGGCUCUCAUCCACCGACGUCUACAACAGCAGAUGCAUUACCAUCAAAUCAAUGGCGGCAGGUGUUCUUACGUCGGUUCAAAAACUUUCAGAAAAAUGUAAACCAACCCACAAUCCACGUGCAACAUGUCAACCCAAAAACUAAAAUCAUGCCUGACAAAAAAGCCAGGGACUUGUGGUGGGCAUUCCUGGCAGGGAAACCCGAAUCAGACUGGGAUCCUCCCAAGUUACCCAAACGAACCGCCCCGAAGAAGCGCGGGACUACCAAGAUGCGUGCUUUUGCUGAGUCAGAUUCCGAAGAAGAACUUGAGGAUACGGAAGACCGCAUAUCCCCUCACGAAACGUGGGCGAUUAACGAGGACGGGGAGGUUGAAUUAAUUGCUGCAGAUGAUGUCGUCGAUUCGCUGCCGGCGCCUUCAAGUACUCCAGGACCCGAUAUGGCCACAGAGCAGAAAGAAGCUGUCUCCGAUCGGGUUGAGGCCCCUUCCCAAACCAUUUCGCAGCAUGACGUACCUCCGAGGCUCGCUCCCCGCGAACCAACCCCAACUAUGCUACGGAGAAUAGACCACCGAACGUCUCUUCAUCUUCUGAUGUACUUUACGCAUUGGAUAAACGUACAUUUGAGCCAACCUAAUUCCCCUUCAUUGGCGGUGACCGAAAGCCAUGCAAGCUGGAUGUUUGCUUUAUUAUCCAAAAUAGAAGAGCACAUAUCUGCCGAUGAUAUGAGUCUCUUACGAAACCUCGCACGUGCCUGUCUAGGACUGCUAAAGGAAUCUAUGCAAAAUGACAAGGCGUUAGGGGUGAGAUGUACAGGAAGUACAGGAGAUACAGAUGUCAGUCCACAGUCCGGCCAACAAUUGAUGAGCGCUUCAUCAUGCUGGAUGAUUCUCACCGCUGUAAUUGAAAUCUGGGGGCAGAAGGAUCUUUGGGUGGACGCAGAAGCUAUGUUGGCAAGUGUCUAGCUUAUUUGCUGUAUCAGUUUACUUGCAGCCUGUCAUUUCUUACAGCAAUCCGGAGUAUCGACAUGUCAUAUCAGAAAUGUAAAUAAUGUAAGUGAAAUGCCAUAAUCCAAGACGUUUAGAGAUCGACUUGGUGCCUGGGCUGCAAGUCUGAUGGUAACGCCUUUGAGCUAUGCUGCUCAGUGUCUAUAACGUCGAUUGUUCAAGGUUCCCUUGCAGCGCUUCGGCGGAGAGAAUACACCUUGCAAUGCAACAGAUCGAGUCUUAUGGCGAUGCUUUCCGCGCAGCUCGCAAUGAGGAGGUCUAAUCCAACUAUUGGAAAUACGGUGGUCGACGUGUUUCAGGAACGUCCGAUGAUCAAGAUGAGGCUGAUGCUCGGUGUUGAAACUACUGAACAUCAAGAAGGGAUAUACUUAUGGGGACAACGAGCCAUCUAUUAAAGACCAUGCCUAUUUGCCAUGGACGGCUCCGUCUCUCAAAUAGGUCCGGACGAACUCUCAAGGACAUGAGGAUGACUUCUGACAGCAAAAUUAGGAUGAAGCUUGCAAGAUAACUUAGCCAGAGACGUGCAGAUAAGAGCCACCGGGCGUCAAAGGUGUCUGGACUUGGCCGGGUUGAAGGCGGCGAGGGGUAGCGCGUGGGAAAUCGACGGAAGCUACUUCGCCUCGUGUCUUCGGACGCCAAUUAGUCUGGUUUCUUGCUCAAAAUGCCCGUCGUGCUUCUUCAACACCCCUUCAUAUAAAAAGGUUUAAAAGUCAGCUUUUCAGUUUUGUUUUACUCCUCUGUCCUUCGUCUUCAACCACAACGUCGUCGAGUUAUAGUCCAUCAUGCGCACGUUCACCGCGUUGUUUCUCUCUUUCGUUGCCUUUGCCUCUGCUUACUCCGUCAGCUCUCCGAGUAGCUCACAGGGAUGGACUGUGGGUGCACAAAACUAUUUGGUCUGGCAGCGUGUCGACACAGACCCAGCAAACUUUACGGUCGUCUUAACUAACCAAAACCGCGCUGUUAUGCCUCUCAACGACCAAAUCCUCGAUGCUCUUGUCGAUGGUACCCUUGGUCGCAUUGUUUGUAACCCACCAAGCGGCGGGUGGCCUACUGGAGAUGGCUUCCAGGUCAACCUCGCUACCGACAGCGAGCAUCUUGACAGCCUCCUAGCACAAUCCAACCAGUUCAGCAUCACUGCGGCCUCUUCUUCAAGUGGUUCCACUACCUCGUCCAGCUCUUCGCAAUCAUCGACCAACACCGUGACUUACCCAGUCAUCACUCCGACUUCCUCCAACUCUGCUGGCACCACCACUUCCUCGGACACCAGUACCAAACCCACAGGUACCAACGGUGCAGCCCAGAAUAUGAACAUGCAGGCUGGGUUCUUGGCAUCUGUUGCCUUGCUGACCGCCCUUGUUGUUUGAAAAAUAUGAACGGACAUUCGCGUGACGAUUACGGACGUUCGUGAUGGAGGAUCCUUGGCUUUCAUCUCAUUUUUAUGGUUCUAUUCGGCUCCCUUCAUAUUGACACUCUUUGAGGUUAAUUUUGGUAAUUCGCCUCUCUAGUUCGACAUUUGCACUUUACACUGUAGAUCCCUAGAUACCUACUUGCAUUUCCAUGCGUCAAUUUAAUCGUGUUUUCUGAGAUUG